CCUUCGGGAAAAAAAAAUGAAAAUCAAACAGAGUUUCUGAUACUGAAAUCAAUGGAAACCAUUCAGAGAUUCAGCCACCGAAUCUUUCCCCUAACCUUCACAAACAAGUCCUUCAGAGCCAUUUCAAGAGCUCAUAUCCUGACCCGACCCGUUAAUGGGCAUCCACAACCCGUUAUCGGGCCCAUACUUACAGCACCCAGGAGAAGUCACAGCUCCGGUUUAGCUUCCCGGGCGGGCUGGUUCAUCGGAAUGGGUGACAAGAAGAAGAAGAAUCCGUUGCCGGACAUAGUAAAAGCCGGCGACCCGGUUCUCCACGAACCGGCUCAGGAGAUUCGACCCGACGAAAUCGGGUCGGACCGGAUCCAGAAGAUUAUAGAUGAUAUGGUGAAGGUUAUGAGAGUGGCUCCUGGCGUUGGCCUUGCUGCUCCUCAAAUCGGCAUUCCCUUGAGGAUAAUCGUAUUGGAAGAUACGAAAGAGUACAUUAGUUACGCGUCGAAGCAAGAGACGGAGGCGCAAGACCGGCGGCCUUUCGAUCUUUUGGUUGUGAUAAAUCCGAAGCUAAAGAAGAUAGGCAACAAAAGUGCUUUCUUUUUCGAAGGGUGUUUGAGUGUGGAUGAGUUCAGAGCAGUAGUAGAGCGACACUUGGAGGUUGAGGUGACGGGGUUUGACCGGAAUGGUCAACCGGUCAAAGUCAAUGCUUCGGGUUGGCAAGCUCGAAUAUUUCAGCACGAGUGUGAUCAUCUAGAAGGAACACUCUAUGUCGACAAGAUGGUUCCAAGAACUUUCCGGACUGUUAAGAACCUAGAUUUGCCUCUUGCUGUCGGUUGCCCUAAACUCGGUGUUCGUUAGUACUUCCCACUAAAAACACUCGAAAAUUUCAAUCGAUUUUUUUUAUACUUAUCUAUUUAUUCCAAUUGGUGAAAUUUGUGGUCAAUGAAAUUAUAUGUUAAUUUCAUCGAGAAUAUCGAAUUUAAUUUCUGUAUUACAUGUUUUGUGGCAACCUUAAAUAUAUACAAUGUUUUUUCAC